AUGGCUAUGAUAGAGCGGUGGCGACCGGAGAUACAUACGUUUCAUCUACCCAUCGACGAGGCUACCAUCACGCUUGAGGACGUGGAGGUUCUCUUCGGGAUGUCGGUUGAUGGAUUACCUCCAGCGGAGGAGACUGCAUUGAGUGGGGCGAGUCGAUUACAGCUGACGCCCGUCCGGCAGCAUCUGGCGGCGAUGGAUGCGGAGAUUACGGAUGAUUUACCGGCGGAGGAUAUCGACCGGCACACGAGAUUGUUGUUACUGCUAAUGUUUGGUGGUGUACUGUUCUUGAACACUUCGAGAAAUCUAGUCAGCUUGAUAUUUCUACAUCAUCUGGAGUGGCUAGAUGAUUUACCUUGUUACAGCUAG